CGGCUCGGCGUUGGCUGAGAGCUGUACACCGCGAAGAGUGGGAGAGGGAGCGAGACGGCGCGAGUAUUAUAGCGGCGGAGAGAGCAGUCUCAGCAGGCACAGUGUCGUGAGCACCAGCAGCAGCAGCCAGUAUCUCUCGUAUACAGCAGCGAUACCUAUAUACUUACGCUCUCUCAGUUUUUCUAUUUCCGAGAGACUUAGGAUCUCCGGUUUUGAACUCGACAAAGCGAACUAGCAGCUCACUAACCUGAUCACAAUGGCUGGCGGCAAGGCGGGCAAAGAUUCCGGCAAGGCCAAGGCGAAGGCAGUAUCCCGCUCGGCGAGGGCUGGCCUCCAGUUUCCCGUGGGAAGAAUUCACAGGCAUCUAAAGAACAGAACAACAAGCCAUGGACGUGUUGGAGCUACAGCUGCUGUUUACAGUGCUGCUAUCUUGGAAUAUUUGACUGCUGAGGUCCUUGAGUUGGCGGGUAACGCAUCUAAAGAUUUGAAAGUAAAACGUAUCACACCCAGACAUCUGCAGCUAGCCAUUCGUGGAGACGAGGAACUCGACAGCUUAAUCAAGGCAACCAUAGCUGGUGGUGGUGUCAUUCCUCACAUUCAUAAAUCGCUUAUCGGCAAGAAAGGUUCGCAGAAGCCAGCAUAAAAUUAAGUUUACAACAAAUUGCUAAAUAUGAAACAACUAAGAUUUUUUCGGGAAAUGAGUAAGCGAAAAAUUAAAGCGUUGAAAAAGCGAUGAAAAUGUAACGAGGGGGAGGGGGCUCGGAGAAUCAGGUAGGCAAUGAAAGAGAGCAAAGAUUAAGCAGUGGUUGUUGAAAAAAUGUACCUAAGUUGCAUAGCAGAAAAGAGACAGGCGUGAUAUAAAUAUAUAUAUACAUAGAUUUAUGUAUAGAGAUAUAAAAUAAUGCAAGCGAUUGACAUGAUGUGAUGUCGUUUGACUAAUUUAACUAGCUAAAUAAGCUUUUUGACGGAUUUCAAGGUUUACUCUUAAUCAGACAAUCCUCAAGUCGAUACGUUCUAGCAUCGUCAAAAGAAUGCCUCGAUGUUGAUGAAAACCUUGAUUCGCUCCUAAAACUCGGCCUCUGCAUUUUCCAGUUCAAUUUUUCGACUUUUCGAAGAAUAUUAAUUAGAUUUUUUCUUACAAUAUUUCAUCCAUUUUCGACCAACAAACAGUACUUUAUUUAAUCGUUCAAAUCACCAUUGCUAUCUCUUGUAAUGCCAAAUAUUAAUGAAAUAAGUAGUUAGUUUCUGGAACAAUCAUUUUGAUAAAUAGGACGCUUUAUUUUUGCAUGUAAACUGUCAAAAAAUCUCCAAUACUUCUGAUGCAAUAUUAUAAUAAGAAAUUACUAAAACUUUGGAAAGUCGAUCUUGAACUAAAUUUAUUUUUCAAACUUUAAAGAUUAUCAUAAAAUGAAUAUUUUAACGCUUUUUUUAGCUUGUUUUUCCCCUUUAUAGAUUGGAGGUUUUUUUUUCAUAAAUUAAGUCUAACUUGAAGAGGUAAAUCCUGACUCGUUUUAGAGUUUUAGCUCGAAUAAUAUUAAUUUUUUUUUCUUGUAAUGCGCAUAUAAUGACAUAAGAAUGAUCUUCUUUUAGUGUGUGUAAAGUAGCAAAUUUUCUUUUAACAAGACCUUCCAAAAAUAUUUUUUAUGUUAUUAACUCUUUUCUUUUAAUAUGUUUACACCUUCAAGUUAGAUUUAAUUUCUCUGAAAAAAUGUUUCAAAUUCGUUUAUAAAUAAAUUGGAUAUAAUUUGUCACGAAUGAAGCUUAAGUGUAAAAGUUUUGUCAUGAAAACUUAAGGCUCUUAAAUCACAAGGAAUGUGCGUAUUGAAGUUGUUUACUUGUAGAUUUGUGAGUUAGCAAUGUUUUUUCUUCGUUUCGAUAUGACAUGUAAAAAUUUUGGGAAAGCUACAGUUUUUUCAUUCAUUUUAUUGUGAAUAGGAUCCAUUUGUUAAUUCUAAAAUUAAUUAUAGGUUAAGAAAUGUAAUUGUCAAACACACCUACACACAUUACACUGCAUAUGCGCAAUGAUGCUGGCAGCAAAUACCAGCAAUAUGUAAAACGUUCAUUUUCAUAAUAAAGGUCGAUUUUAUUAAAUUUUAGUGUUCUUUGUAAUAAGAUUAAUUAGUAGAGUAUAUUUUCUUACUACCUAUCAAGGCGACAGAAAGAUACACACGAAUUUCCAUCUUCAACAAAAGGAUACAGUUUUAACUAACAUCACUUAUAAAUUCAAGUUAGAUUUAGUUUCUUACGUAGCGUUUUCCGAAUUAUUGUGAAAUUCGUAAGUUGUAAUCUUAAAACAAAAUUCAAAUGUAUAUUUUAAUAAGGUGAUUGAUUCUACUUUAAUUUAAAGCAAUAUAUAUCAAUGAAGUCGACGAAACAUUACAUAGCUCAUAACAGAUUUACAGACAUGAACAUUGUAGAUGUCUGAUCCAUGUUUUUGUAUAUUUGUAUCUAUAAUGUAUACCUAUGUGUAUAAGAUAAUGAAAUAAAGUGAGUUUGAAAUAA